UGGGAGCCUGGUGACUUGUAUUUUGACAUCGCGUCGCGUGCUGCGGCGAGACUCAUGGCGUGUUUCUUCAGGAGGCGCGUGGCGCUGCAGCUUGCAGAGGUGUGUGGACUGUCUGAAGAUGUGUUCAUACCGCUCAUCUCUGCAGUGCGGGUGUCAAAGAAGCAGUCUGCCGCUGAUCUGUGUGUGUCGGUGAACAGUCUGCUGCAGAACGGAGCUGUUGCUGCUGGUGGAGACCUGCAGAGCAAAACACAAGCCCUGGUCAGUCAGAUGAAGCGGGAUGCUGUCGUGGAGGAGGUCUCCGCCGGUCGAGGAGUGAUUCUCUUCAGAUUAAACAAGCUGAUCCUGGCACAGAAGCUCUUAGAGCAGCUGCAUUCAGAGCCGGAUGUGUUCGGCGUGAAGAGUGAACUUCUGCAUCAUCUUCAGGGAGGAAGGACACUGGUGGAGUUCAGGUGUGUUCAGUCAUGUGAGCGGCACAGAGGCCUGCAGGGAGAACCGUCCGUGUAUGUUCAGGUGAACCGCGAGGCCGAGCGCGAUGAGAGCGUACGUUCAGCCGCUGCAGAGUUCUUCAGACGUCUGGAGCAGAGUGAAGAUCAGGCCCUGGCGCUCUGGAGACAGUUUCGUGAGAUCACGGUGGACCAAUAUAAACGCAUCUAUCAGCGUUUAGGAAUUCACUUUGACCAUUACUCUGGAGAGGCGUUUCAUCACCAUCAAACCCAGAGUGUGCUGGACGAGCUGAUGAGCCAAGGACUCUUAAAGACCACCGAGAAGGGCACGGCUGUGGUGGAUCUGUCUGGAGCGGGCGAUAUGUCGUCUUACGCCACACUGGUGCGCAGUGAUGGGACGUCUCUGUACAUCACCAGAGACGUCGCAGCAGCACUGGACAGGAAGCAGAGGUUCGGGUUUGAUGAGAUGAUCUAUGUGACAGAUAAGAGUCAGACCGUCCACUUCCAGCAGCUCUUUCACAUCCUGCAAACCAUGGGACACCAGUGGGCAGAGAGGUGUGUUCAUGUGGCGUUCGGGCUGGUGCAGGGCAUGAGCACACGCCGCGGGGAGGUGGUGUUCCUGGAGGACGUGCUGGAGGAGGCUCGCAGCAGGAUGCUCAACAACAUGAGGCAGUCCAGCACUUCAAAAGAGCUGGAGGACCCGGAGCAGACCGCAGAGAGGGUUGGGAUCAGUGCUUUAAUCAUACAGGUAGGCAUAGUGACGUGUGACACUCGUGUGCUGAUGGUUUGCAGAUAUGAUGAAGUGCUGCUUCAGUCGGCGAAUGAGCUGCAGCCCCGACACCUGGUCAUCUUCCUCAUGACUCUCAGUCACCUGGCGGCCUCGGCUCAUCGAGAGCUGCCCGUGAAGGGGAGUUCAGCGGCCGUGGCUCAGGCCCGACUGUGUCUGUUCAGCGCCAUCCGCUCCGUUCUGGCCAACGGCAUGAGGAUUCUGGGUAUCACGCCGGUGGAGAAAAUGUGACUUUGUUUGUUAAUCAUUAAAUAAAAGUCUUUUCCCUUUGUGUCUGCUCGCUUCCUGGUAAAGCGCACUUCAUCACGUUUUAUGUAUUUACUGAGCAUCUUUAAAUGACUUGCGAAUGAGGCCACACAGAGAGCGAGAUGUGUCCGAUAGAGAAGUGUGUUGUAGUGCUGCUAGCCUUCAGUAUCAGCACUGGACGGCUUGGACCUGCGACAGUAGCUACAUUUACAUGCAGCCACAUCAUCCAGUAACAGAUGGAUCAUUCAGACUGCAGAGCCUUCAUGUGAACACCUCAGUCGCUCUGAAUGAGCUCCAUCUGAGUAAAGAGGGGCGGUGGAGAUCACUUGGAGCCACCGAAUCUGACGUUCUCUGGUGGAUAGAAAGUAACUGCAGUGCUGUGAUGUGGGUUUAUGCACAUAUGUGACCCUGCAGCACAAAAGCAGUCUUAAGUCGCUGGGGUAUAUUUGUAGCAAUAG